AUGGAAGAGAUAGAUGACAGGUUCCGUGAUGCUGCCUCUCUAGCCUUCAAGCUCCGGAAUGACAUUCAGAAUUUGGAAAAGGAGGCUGAAACAUCACAGCUCUCAUAUGCAACUGGGCCUGUGGCUAGCUCUUUUGAUAAGGUGCUCCACACGUUCAAGGUUCAGCGACAGGCAUACCACAGAAAGGCCUUUGUGGGUAACCACGUCCACAAGUGCUGUGAGCCUAAAGUGAUAGAGGCCCUCACAAAAACUCCAUCCAAAGUCAUCGAGAAGCACCUGACAGACAACAUGCCUUUAGCAGCACUAGAUAGACUAAGGAGGAAAGCUGCAACCAUCCAGGAAAAGUUUGAGGAUAUUUUCCUCAAAUUUGCAGAUGUGCACAAAGGCAUCAACCACCCCUUGCUGUCACUGACAGUGACAUCCAUUGUAUUGAAGUGA